AUGUUGAACAGAAGACCACAUACCGUGUUGACGGCAAACGCUCCUUUGGAAGCCCGGGAAGCCCGGGUCUCACCAGGGGGGACGUGUUUUGCUCUGGAUUGCCGCCCAUGCGCAUUUGUGAGAGUUUCUUCCUACUUUUGUUUAUUACCGCGAAACAAAGAUUUGAGAAGCUCUCCUGAAGUGUUUCCUGGGGAGCCACAGGACUGUGGUGACAUCAAGGCAAGUGGGCUGAAUAUGAGUGGAAUCUAUGGCAUAUAUCCUGGAGGAUUCGGAAGACAGUUCAACGUCUACUGCGACAUGGACACCGCUGGUGGUGGUUGGACGGUCUUCCAAAGAAGAAAGGACGGUUCCGUUAAUUUCAGUGGCAAUUGGUCACACUACAAGAAGGGCUUCGGGAGCGUUUCCGGGGAACACUGGCUUGGAAACGAUAAGAUUCAUCGCCUGACAAGCCAGAAGACGUAUGAACUACGGGUCGAUAUUGAAGAUUUCUCUGGGGGGACCAGCCAUGCCAGUUACCGCGAGUUCAUGAUUGGCAAUGAGACCAUGAAUUAUGAUCUGAAGCUAGGUGCUUAUUCUGGCGGAGGUGCAGGUACUUUUUCUCGCAAUUAUGACUCUUGUCCCUGGGAGAUAGUCUUGGUUAUAACCGCGGACAUCAAUUCAGUACCAGAGACCGAGACAACGAUGCGACCCCGUUUAAUUGUGCCAGCUAUUAUUCAUCCGGGUGGUGGUUUAGUCAUUGUCACGUCUGCAAUCUUAACGGGAUCUACCGGAACUCGGACUACAUUACCGCCGGAUAUGGCAUGA